GGACGACACGCCGCAAUGCUUCCAAGUAGAGGGCUCCGGCCUGCCCAAUUCGGUCCCCUGGCUUCACGACAAUCUUUAAUAGCCUCAUCAAAGGCAACAAGGAAGUUCUCCUCGCUUCCCCGAACCGCCAACCUCUCGGUACCGACAUGUCGAACAAGCCCACUUCAGUCAGCCCAAUGGAGGACAGGCGCAACUGGGAUGCACGAUGCGUUCCUGCGCACCUCUUCCGUCCGCUACGCUUCAUGGUAUGCUCCUUGGAGCUGGGGAAAAUCUGGUGGCGCUGUCGACGCCAGUGCCAUGUCGCCUCCACAGCAAGUCCCAAUCGCCAACUUUUCCAAUAAUCCGACGUCCGAAUUUGUAGCAGAUGCAGAACCCGUUACCACAGCCACACCCGAACUUGCGCCUGCAGGUAUCGACAAGGCUGCUGUAGUGGAUGGAGCGUCUGAUGGAGCGAGUCCAAUUGCAGAGAGCGCAACCACCACCAGCAACCCGCAGACACUCGAUGAACUCUUUGGCGUAGACCCAGUGAAGGAUACCCUCCCCCCUGAUGCUAUCGAAUUCGACCCUACGCGCCUGAUCGAUCAUGUGGGACAAAUGAAGGAGAUGGGCUUGGACUAUGGUUAUGGUAUGACGACACUCAUGCAACAGGGAUUAGAGGCCAUCUACAUAUCGUCAGGCUGGGGCUGGGCCGGAAGCAUCAUGGCGGCUGCUGUGGCCGUUCGCUGCGUUACCUUUGCCCUCCAAGCGAUGACUUCGGACAAGGCAGCAGUCAUGGCAUCUUUGGGCCCCAUUACCAAGCCUCUGCAAGACAAGAUGGAAGAUGCCAUAGCACGCGGCGACAAGCAGGCAGCCGACAUGUAUAGGAUGCAACAGCAGGAAGCCAUCAGACCCUUUAUAGGCGGCAUGGCUUCGAUGGGUGGCUUCAUGAUAGCCCAAGGUUGGAUUGGCAUAUCUGCCUUUCGGCUUAUGAGGGCCAUGGCCGAACUUCCAAUACCUGGAAUGACGACGGAUGGAUUCCUGUGGUUUUCCGACUUGACAACUCGCGACCCAUACUUUUUUCUACCGGUCGCUACUACCGCCAUGAUGUACACCGUCUUCAAGUUGGGAGGCGAGACCGGUCUACAAACUGCGAGCAAGAGCCAAAAGACCAUGAUGACUGUAAUGGCGUUUUUUCUCGGCGCGGUCACUGCGUUCCAGGCCGCGGCUAUACAAAUCUACUUCUUCACGUCGGCCCUCUUGGGUGGUAUGACGGGUUGGCUACUCCGUCAGAACAAGUUCCGUCGCUUCAUUCGCAUCCGCCCUAUCCCCAGCAAGGAGAGCCUCGAACUUUAUACCCCCAUUGUUCAGGGCAAGAUGAAGUUGAGCAAUAUCAAGACUACUACGGGUAGUAGCAGAGUCCGGUACCAGGCGCCCACGCCCAGGUCAUCAUCAGGCACCACUCGCCGCUCCCUCUCUGACAUCAAAAUCAAAGCCGACGCUCCCCUGCCUGCCCAUCUAAAACCAGAGGCCAAGCCUAUCAACCGCGAGAGACCUGACCGUGACGUGGAUUACGAAGAGGGUACAAAGGGUCUGACAAUACCCGAGAAACUGGACUACUACAGGCGCAACUACCGGUUGAGUUUUAUCUACAGAAGGAUGAACAGUGGUGCAGAUGCUUGGAUGAGCAAAAUGGGGUAUGGGGGGAAGAAGAUGACGCCGGAGCUGGCGAGGAAGAAGAAGAGGGAGGAGGAUUAUGAGAUUGAGCGAAGGAGGAGGUUCGAGAAUAGGUCGUAGUCAGAUACUGGCGAGUGAGUGACCUGAAUGGGAGCUGUGUAUGAUAUA